AUGUCACAAACGGGACCUCAUGAUGAGAAUGUGCAGAUAAUUGACGAUGAUUUAGAGGUCACGGAAGCGAAUGCACAUUUAGUGGAAGAUCAACCCAAUGUAUCGAAUGAGUUACACGAUGAAGAAAAGGAAGCUUCUGAACAAGAAGACUCGGAGGAAGAGUACCCCGAAGAUGUUCAAAAAGCACUAGAAUUUCUUCUAGAGGAUAUCAAACAUUUUGGCGAUGUGGAAAUCACAAAGAGGAUAAUACGAAGAAAAAAGUUCGAAGACGAAGGUGUUGAGGACGAAGAGCUGGAAGACGAGGACAUCCUUGAGUGUGAUGAGGAAUUUCUCAGAGAAAUUGGACUAGAAGGCGAACCUUUGGAUAUCAGUAAUACAGAGAAACAGAAGCUAUUGAUGGAGAGCUUUGAUGAAGACCAGAUGUCGAGAUACGAGUUUUUCAGGAGAUCCAACCUGAACAGACCUGCUAUUAAGAGAAUAGCAAACUCGGUACUGGGCCAAAGUAUCAACAACAACGUUGCGUUGGUUCUGGCCAGUGUAGCAAAGGUUUUUGUUGGAGAAAUAGUGGAGAAGGCAAAAGAUGUACAGAGGCGCCAGCAGAAGGGAGAAAUCAUACGAAAACUAGAGGUGAAGAGGGCAUUGGCUACCAGAGACGAAGAAUUGAAAGCUAAGAAAAUCCGACCCGAGGAUACGAAGGCGAAUUUCGGGUACUCAGUAGGACCUAACGGAGUACUGGUCCCUAUUACAUCUGCAAAAACUUUCACUAUUGACCUUCCCAAGGACGAUGACCCAUUGUUGCCUGAACAUUUCAGAGAGGCAUGGAGGCUGUAUAAGGAGGAAACUGAUACGCUGCCUAGUGACCAAUGGAGAAGGCAAGGAGGCAGCGAUGGCUGGUUGUUCAGGUAG